CCCAAAGCUUUUACGGUCCAAAUUGAUAGUAUGUUUUCAUCAUAGGAAGCAACAGCUUUAACUUUAUACCACUCAUCGGAAUACAGGGCCUUCUAUACUGCCGGUUAUCCUAAUCCUGUCCUGGAAUGGCGUGCAUAGACACUCUCAAUGAUGACUGUCUGCUUAAAAUUGUAGAGUACCUGAAUCUGGACGAGCAACUGCAGCUAUGGAAGAGUUCGGAGCCCUCAUCCCGCCUGAGAUCGGUCCUUUCGUACACCUGGCGGCACCAGACAGAUCACUCCGUGGACCAGGAAACCUUCGCGGGAAAUCCCGACGUCCUGGAAGAGUUCCUGGAGGCGAUCCACUUGUCUGUGGAGGAACUCACGCUCCGGUACUUGAACAUGGAUCAACUUGGACGGUGGGAGAGCCACACCUUUCCCAACGCACGGGAACUGACCUACAUGGGGGAUGAGAGCAGUGAGCUGGAGGGUGACGCCGACAUUGCCAUUCUGGUGAAGUGCUUUCCCCUGCUGGAGGCCAUUGGUCUGAGCGGAAACUGCAGUGGUCAGUACAUCAGUCGGUGGAGGCAUCUUCGCCGACUUGAUCUCCAGCUGUGCUGGUACUUGAGCACCCAGUUCUUCGAGGAAAUCUGCCAGAACUUGCGGCUGCAGACCCUGAGCAUCCAAUGGCACAAAGCCGAGGAAGAUGCCUAUGUGCGGGCCAUCAGUUCGUUGCAGGAACUGGAGGAGCUGGAGCUGGACAUCGUCCACCUGGGCACUGACAACACCAGCAAACUACUGCGCCUACCAAAGUUGAGAAAGCUCCUGCUGCACAACUUCGAGCAGAUGGACGAACUGAUAUCGGACAUUGGUCGUCUAAGGGGUCAGGAUGUGGUGACCGCUGCUUUCAGCGACAAUAUCUGGAUGAUGCGAACCGAGGUGUUGGCCAAGUUCCAAAACCUCCGUUGCCUGACCCUCGUCGAUGAUGAAGGCUGUGCCGCCGUUGACUUCCGCCCGAUAAUAAACUGCUUUCCUCUCCUAGAGCAACUGCAUCUAGAGAACUCUCGAAUUUGGUUAAAUGCCGACGGUAUAUGGGACGUGGUGCUUGCCUGUCCCCGACUCAGGAUCUUCAGCAUGUCCAACCACGUUCUGUACGACGAUUUCUUCGCCUUUAGCAAGUCAACCAUGAGCCGUGCCUUGAAUCAGCGGAAGGAGCCCUUAAUCAUGCAUUUUUAUAAAACUUCCAAAGAAGCUCUGAUUGCCCAGCACUUUAAACAUCCAAAACUUAUAGUUUCCUACAAUCCGACGAAUAGUAUUGAUUCACAAUUGCCAGGCGAAUGCAUAGAGCUUGAAUUUAUACAGCAAGACACGUGACCCGCGGUUAGGUUUUAAUUUUUGGAAUGUAAAAUUGUGUUAUUUACUUGACCUUCCGUCUUUAGAACUUGUAUUCCGAUGCGAUGCAAAAUUAUUAGUACGGUUGUUGUACUUAUUUAGUACAUUACAUUAAAUCAGUUGAAAGAUAUUCGCUUAAUAAAGAGGCUAAUAAAAUUUGUAAUAUAA